AUGGAGGGGUUCCAGUGGAACAGGCCCGUCUCCCUCGUCCUUUACGUCGUCUUCUUCUUCCUGUCGUCGGCGGCCGUGUCGGAGGCCAACAUCGCUGAGUACGAUGAGCACUGGGAGCAGCGCAGGCUGCAGGCCCGCGCCGCCGCGGAGGCCACCUACCACCCUGACCCCGUCGAGGUCACCAACAGCUUCAACCGCGCCGUCCACCGAGCCAUGAAGGAGGAGAGCAGCGCGAGGCGGCAGAUGCUGGGCAAGCACCACAGGUUCAGCGGGCCGUGCAUCGCGACGAACCCGAUCGACCGCUGCUGGCGGUGCCGGAAGGACUGGGCGACAGACCGGAUGCGUCUGGCCCAGUGCGCGCAGGGGUUCGGCCGGAACACCACGGGCGGGCUCGGCGGGAAGAUCUACAUCGUCACGGACGGCAGCGACGACGACGUGCUGGAACCCCGCCCCGGCACGCUCCGGUGGGGCGUGAUCCAGACGGAGCCACUGUGGAUCAUCUUCGCCAGGUCCAUGCUGAUCGAGCUCAAGGAGGAGCUGCUGGUCGGCAGCGACAAGACCAUCGACGGCCGGGGCGCGCAGGUGCGCUUCGCCGACGGGUGCCAGAUCACCGUGCAGUACGCGCACAACGUCAUCAUCCACAACAUCCACCUCAACGACCUUAUCGUCGGCAAGGGCGGCAGGAUCCGGGACUCGCCGCAGCACGCCGGCUUCCGCACCCAGUCCGACGGCGACGGCGUCAGCGUCUUCGGCUCCACCAAGGUCUGGCUCGACCACCUCUCCCUGGCCAACUGCCAGGACGGCCUCGUCGACGUCAUCGCCGAGUCCACCGGCGUCACCAUCUCCAACUGCCACCUCACCAACCACAACGACGUCAUGCUAUUCGGCUCCAGCGACAGCAACCCCAAGGACGAGAUCAUGCAGAUCACCGUCGCCUUUAACCACUUCGGAAGAGGGCUCGUGCAGAGAAUGCCAAGAUGCCGAUGGGGAUUCUUCCACGUCGUGAACAACGACUACACCCACUGGCUCAUGUACGCCAUCGGCGGCAGCAAGAACCCGACGAUCAUCAGCCAUGGCAACCGGUACAUCGCGCCGCCGAACCUGGCUGCAAAGCAGAUCACCAAGCAGAUAGGCGCCGCGGAGGCGGAGUGGAGGAACUGGGUGUGGCACUCACAGGAGGACCUACUGAUGAAUGGUGCCGUCUUCACCAACACCGGCGGCGACAACCAGAGGAAGUUCGACCAGAACGAUCUCAUCAAUCCCAAGGACGGAUCAUACGUCACCAGGCUCACACGAUUUGCCGGCUCCAUGCCUUGCAGGCCCGGCAAGCCCUGCUAA